AUGUCCAAGGACCAGUGGGAUGCUACGCAUGUCAUAUACUGUCCUACAACUGUGUCCCUAGAUUUAAGGCGGUAUGAUCGAGUUACCCAAAUCGGAUAUGAUCAGUCGUUGGUUCUCUGGGACGUGUGGUGUCCAUGCAUUUAUCCAGCUCAAAGAACAGGGCAAAUUCUUCCUUUCCGUGGGAUUACUGGCCGUGGAUGGUCAUAUGGGAGAGAAAGGACAUUUUCAGACUUGGGAUGUAAGCAAUCUAUGCUUGCACACUACCGUGAAUGGCGGGUUGGCGUCCUUGAUGUCAGACGAACAAGAGGCUUCCAACAAAUGUUUUACAGGAAAGGUGCAUCCCCCAGAGCUGCAAAAGCAACCGGCAAUACGAUGAUGGAUUACGAUAUACCUACGAUACAAAAAUAUGUAAGUUUCCGUGGAGUCUCCCGCGCAUUUUGUGGGGUCUGCGGUGCGACCCUCUUCUGGUAUUGUGAUGCAAGGCCGGGUGUGGUCGGUGUCAGCGUUGGACAGCUCGAUAAUUCAAGUGGCGUCAGACCGGAAGGUUGGUUAGACUCGGCUCCCGCUAGAGUAAGUUUUGCUGAAGAAGAGCUCGACUGUGAACUAGUGUGA